GGGCCGCGCAGAGCGGCGCGCAGCGGGCAGGUGCGGCGGCUGGGGCUGCGGCUGGAGCCCGAGCCGGCAGAUCCGUGCCUCCCGCGCUGCUCUCCGUCAGCAUGAAGGUCGAGUUUGCCCCCAUCAAUGUCCCCUUAAAGAGGAGGAUUCAGACAGUCGCCGUUCUGCAGUGGAUCUUCUCUUUCCUCCUGCUGGCAGAGUUUUGCUGUGGAUUCUUUGUGCUCCUGAUUCUGGGCAACUUCUGGUUCCUUGCUGUUCUGUACCUGCUGUGGCUCUACCUGGACUGGGAAACACCAUGUGUUGGGGGCAGACGGUCCCAGUGGGUCAGGAGCUGGACUCUCUGGAAGUACUUCAGGGAAUACUUUCCCAUUCAUCUUAUAAAAACUUCAGAACUGAACCCAAAUCACAACUACUUACUUGGCUUUCACCCUCAUGGGGUCCUGGUAGCUGGAGCCUUUGGAAACUUUUGCACCGAUCCUCCUUUCAAAAAUUUAUUUCCUGGGCUUACUCCAUAUCUCCAUAUCAUGCCCAUCUGGUUUGGCUGUCCCUUCUUCAGAGAAUACAUAAUGAGUGCUGGAAUGGUUUCUGCAUCCAAGGAAAGUGUCUCACAUGUGCUGAGCAAUGAAGGAGGUGGCCAUGCAUCUGUCAUUGUGAUUGGAGGAGCAGAGGAAUCUCUGAAUGCACAUCCUGGAAGUCUAACCUUGAACAUCCUCAAGAGGAAGGGCUUUAUUAAAAUGGCCCUGAAACAUGGGGCUCAUCUGGUCCCAGUGUUUUCCUUUGGUGAAAAUGAACUAUUCAAGCAAGUUGCAAAUCCCAAAGGUUCAUGGCUCAGGAAUGUACAGGAGAAGUUGCAAAAGAUAAUGGGCUUUGCUUUACCAUUAUUUCAUGCUAGAGGAGUAUUCCAAUACAGUUUUGGCUUAAUACCUUACAGGCAACCUAUUCAUACUGUUGUGGGAAGCCCCAUCCCUGUAAAACAGAACUUGAACCCCACCACUGAAGAGAUUGAUCAGCUACAUGCAUUGUAUCUACAGAAACUAAAGAAAUUAUUUGAAGAACACAAAAGCAAUUACGGCAUCCCUGCACAUAGAUCUCUCAUCUUUGAGUAGCAAAUUACAAUUUGUAAUUCUGAAUCUCAUGCUGCAAAGAAACAGUGUCUGUUCAAAGAUGUCUUUCUUGCAAUCUGUAUUUUGCAAUCUGUAAUUAUCCUUAUGUAAGGAAUACUUUUAAGAAGGGAUUAUUAGAUGAUUUAUUGAUUUUUAUCUUAUUCUUGGGCGGUGGGGGGAGGGAUCAUUGGGAUGUAAGCCUCAAAGCCAAUGCUGUUUUGAGUCGUCCUUUUAUAGGUUCAUGUGUGCCAGAAAUGUGAGUGAGAGGCUCCACACAGAUGUUCUUACCACAGCUUGAGCACAGGAAAUUGCCCCAGCAUGAAAUCAGUAGCAGAAGUAUAAACCCAAGAAGUCUUUGAUUAGAGGUUGAGAGAUUUACCAGCAUUUAUCAAACAUGACAUCAGGUUGUUCUCUGAAUGUCAGAAACUUCUGCUGCUCUUCCAUAGGAGUGAAGGUGUAUGUUUUCAGCAGAUGGCUACUGUAAACCACUUACAUGAGAAUUCAAGAAUAAAUAAGAGCCUUCAGCCCUGAAUUGGAUAUUGGCAAAAAUAGUUGUCUAAGUCGUGCAGCAGAGCAAACCUUCUCUUUGGAGAACAGUGUGUUGAGAUUUUUGUGUGCAUGUGUGUGCUGGGUGGUGGGAAGCACUGAAUGAUGUGACUUUUUUGGACAAUCUCUGCUUUGGAUCAUAAGUUUGGAAGAUGAAGCAGCUUUGAUUGUUUCAGCCUCGGAAGAGAUGGCAUCACAGGAGGAGGGAAUCAUGUGAACUCUUCAUCUUUUGCAAAUCAAAAAUAAUCCUAUGUCAAGCACAGAAGGAAGGGAAGCCCAAUUUGUUCAGUCAGUUCUGAAAUUUCACCAAGGAAAGUGUACUUGAUAAAACCUUUUUUUUGCCCACUGACAAUAUGUGUUAAGGGUGACACAGCUGCAGUGCCAAGACAGUGUGAGAAUAGUUCUAGGGUGCAGCAGGUUAAGAGGAUGCAUUGUAUAUAAACCAGGUACCUAAAUUUGAGAAAAGGUUUAUCCUAAAUGUGUAUAUUCACUUCAGAAAAGAAAAUAAAAAAAUCUUAGCUGAACUCUUUUUCAGUGAAAAUGCCUAGAUCUUGGAGAUUAUUGUGUAUGGAAAGAAUUGCAAUAUAUUACUGAAUUUUAUGAGAUAAAUUCUUGUAUUUGUACAUGCUUUCUGACUGCCUGCAGGCUUUGCAAUCUGAUGUUAGUGAAGAGUUUUCUCUGCUUUAAGCAGUUUUGGUGCCUGAAUAUUAGAUCAGUUAGGUGCUCUGACAGGUUGUGCAUGGGCUUAUCAGGCAGCCUGGGCAUCUUUGGUUGGCUCAGCUGAGCACUGAGGUGCUCCAGGAGCAGCAGGACUCUCACAUUGUGUAUUCAGUGGGCUGGAGGCUCUUAGAAGCACAGCAGGGGCUUUGAGAACAAGGUAGAACUCUGGAGAGAAAGUAUCUUAGCAAGAUGAAGGUGUUUAAAGAAAAGAGUGGAAAUUACUUCUAUGGAGUGAACUCUGACUGAACCAACAGCCCCAAAGCCAAACAAGUAUUUGCCAGACAGAGCAGAUGUAUGUGCUCCAAAACACCCUCCAGCAACAAGCUGGUUUCCUUAAGAGGGCUCUUCCUUCUAGUGCCUAUUUGUCAUCCGGAUGUAAACAACACUGAGCCAGCACUGAGUCGUGCUCUCAUUUUCUCUACAAUGACACAAACAUUCUGGGAACCAGGGCUGGAAUCUGCAGUGCCUGAGGAAGCCCCUCUUCCCUGACAGACUGCUGCUCACCUCUACCUGAGCUUUCCUGGUGCCAUGCGUGCUUGCCCUCCCUUCCCACGCCUUUGCUGAUCUCUGAUGAUCACUGUGGUGCAGGCAUCUUGCUUCCUCACUUUCUGCCCACCUUUCCCUGGGUUGAGAUCUCUGGUCUCUAUGAUGGAAAAUACUGAGUGGUGUCUUAUCAUUCAGCAAAAAUGGGGUUUAGGAGUUGGGUUUGAGAAGAGGAAGCACUGUGGCUGUGCAUGUUUGACCCCAGCUUAAGAUCAGGACUGUUUCAGCUGUGGAAAGGGCACUUUUCUAGGAGGUCAGACAUGGCAGGUUUGUUACCUGGGAAGAGGUCUCAGUCCUGAGGAUUGUACAAAGUGAUGAUCCCUGAGCAGUUGGUUUUUCUUAGCCAGCUAUGUGAAAUUUCCUUUGGAUUUGUCUCCUUAUUGCCUGCCCUGAUGCAUAGUGAGGAUUAUUCAUGAAGGAAGAAUUUGGAGUCUGUCAGACUGUGCUCUCCUAGAUCAUCUGCUCCAAUGAGACAUUUCCUCUCAUUCUUAGUCUGUUGUUUUUCUAUUACCUUAAUGAUAUGAAAUAUCAGACUGUAAAUUUAAAAAUAUUAGCAUUGAGUUGAGGAUGGAAAGUAACAAUUUCUUUUUUUGUUGUUGUUGAUUAAAUUAAUCAAAACUUCUAGGGAAUAUGUGGAUACUGAUUUUAGGACAAUAUCUGGUCCAAAGGGUACCCUAUAAACAUGCUUUCCUCUGAAUUCCAUGGUGAAAUUAUCUUUGGGCUCUCUGUACCAUCCAUAACUGGCUCAGGUAGAACAAGUAGGGAUUGUGUUGCUAUGGCUACUGAUAUUGUCAUUGCCUUGUAACAGUGGAGAUGGUAAAAAACCCAAAAAUUUAAAAACCCAACAAAAAAUAACAAACCAACAAAAUCUCCAAACAACUCAAAUAUUUAUUGUUGCUCAGUUACCACUGCAUAUUGCUUAUGAUGGUCCUUCCAAACUACCUUUUAUUAACCAAUUAUUUAAUGUACCCAGGACUAUUUUAAGAUAGAACUUCUGUCUCUAAAUGUGAUAGGCAUGGUGUCAUCUGAAAUAUUUACCUCUGUAAAUAUUAGUGUGUGGAUCUGUAAAGCAGCCCUGCAAUCCUGAGCCUAAAAGGCAGAGCCCUGGCAGCCAUAGACCCAUUUUGGCUGCCACAGGCAUCAAUCCCAGCACUGCUGCAGGCACAGGGAAGCUGCCCAUGUUUGUUGGAGCAAGAAUCUCCAGUUGCAGUUCAUGGUGGACAAAGCAAGAGCAAGGAGCUGGUAGGAAUGGUGACACACCCUGCCCCAGCUGCAGCUGGAAGAGCUGGGCAGCACUCAGAUUCCUGGUGGGAUGCCCCACUGCCUGGGCCCUGCCUCCUGGGGUGUUUCUCUUUGUGCCUUUUAAUGCCACAGGUAAUGCCAGGGAAGCCAUCCAUCCAGGAGAAGCUCUGCCUCUAAACCAUGGAAACACUGCCUGCCUGAUGUGCUCAGGAUGAAGUUCAAGCCUGUUCCCUCCUGUGUGAACACCUCUGUGCCAAAUUCCAUUGACAGAAAGUCAAUCCUCGAGUAUUUUUACUUUGUGGACUACACAGCAUCAUUUACACUUUGUAACUUUUUAUGGUACCUGUAAAAUAUGAAUGUCAGUUGUUUCAAUGAUAGCUGUAGCAAGGAGGUGUGAGAUAAUAAAGGUUUGUACCAAA